AUGACUAUGUCGAUAACCAAAAUUGUGUUGAAGAAUGGCGUGCUCCUCAUUCACGGAGAGGAUGGCAAGGUGAAACCACAACGGUUGGACAUUCUCAUCAAAGGAGACACAAUUUCGAAAAUCAGCCAACACAUCGAAACAACUGGCGAUGGUGUCAAAGUCGUCGACUGUGAGGGCAAGAUCGUGUCUCCCGGCUUCAUUAGCACACACCAUCACGUCUGGCAAACCGCGCUCAAAGGUCGUCACGUCGACCACACGCUGCUCGAGUACCUACCGCGAGGAAACUUCAUCGGCUCAUUAUUCUCUGCCGAAGACGCAUUCUGGGGUGAACUUGGUGGUGCACUUGAAGCAAUUGAUGGCGGCACCACGACCAUUGUGGACCACUCCAGUCUGAAUGUCGGCCCAGACUUCCCCCCGACAAUGAUUCAAGCCCUCGUGGCCUCUGGGCUUCGCGCAGUCUACUGCUACUGCGUUCCCAGAACAACCAGCUGGAGCCCCUUCUCUACAGCAGAUGACUAUACGUCUUCACAUGUUCUCGAAAAUUGGAAAUCGCUAGCCAUCAAAGGUCCAUACGGAGAUGGCCGAGUUCAGCUUGGUUUUGCGGUGGACAAUAUGUAUCAGUCGCCCGACCACAUGAAGCACCUCUACUCGGAGCUUCGCGCUGCAAAUGCCAAGGUCAUUACAUCCCACGGAGCCGCCGGUCUAGCCUUUGGCAAUGGACCUUCUGUCCUCCAAGUCCUUAACAACCACAACCUGCUAGGCUCAGAUAUCCUCAUCUCUCACGCAAACUUCCCAAAGGAUGGCGACGCAGAGCUUGUCAAAAAGCACGAUGUCUACAUCUCUGCCACGCCUAACACAGAGCUUCAGAUGGGCUGGCCGCCGGUCGCCCUUCAGCCUGACUUUGAAGCACACUCUAGCCUCGGAGUUGACUGCCACAGCUGUGGCAGCAGCUUUAUGCCCAGCCAGAUGCGGCUCGGCUUGCAGUAUGCCCGUAUCGAACGACAAGAGAAUCUUCGAAGGCAGGGCAAGUGGAGCCGCCAUGUCGGACCUUCGGCAGAGCAAGUCUUCAACCUCGCUACAAUUGGCGGUGCAAAGGCGAUUGGCAUGGCGGGCGAGGUUGGCCAGAUCCGCGUCGGUGCAAAUGCAGACCUAGUGGUGUUUAGCACUGACAGUCCCUCCAUGCUUCCAGCUGCUGAAGAGGACCCCAUUGCGGCAGUGGUUCUGCAUUCGAGUGAGAGAGACGUGGAGACGGUCAUUGUUGGUGGCGUGAUUAGGAAGGAAAACAGCAAGUUGCUACCUGUGACAGUCACUGGUGAAGUUGAGGGCGCCAGUGACCUCGGUCUUCACGGAAAAAGCAUCGCAUGGAAGGACGUUGCCAAGAAUUUGGUUGAGAGUCGAAAGAGAUUAAAUAAGAAGGCAGAAGGUAUUGACAUGAAGGCGGUGGAAGAGACGAUCAUGGACAAUUUCUACAUGAACCGGAAGGAUAUGCUUGAGCAGUCAUGA